AUGUCUCCUUCUCUGACCGCUACGUUUCCUUCACUGACCGCUACAUUUCCUUCACUGACCGUUACGUUUCCUUCACUGACCGCUACAUUUCCUUCACUGACCGUUACGUCUCCUUCACUGCCGUUACGUUACGUCUCCUUCUCUGACCGUUACAUUUCCUUCACUGACCGUUACGUCACGUCUCCUUCUCUGACCGUCACGUCUCCUUCACUGACCGUUACGUUUCCUUCUCUGACUGUUACGUCUCCUUCACUGACCGUUACGUCUCCUUCUCUGACCGUUACGUCUCCUUCUCUGACCUUCAUGUUUCCUUCUCUGACCGUUACGUCUCCUUCACUGACUGUUACGUCUCCUUCACUGACCGUUACGUCUCCUUCUCUGACCGGUACGUCUCCUUCACUGACUGUUACGUCUCCUUCUCUGACCGCUACAUCUCCUUCUCUGACCGUUACGUCUCCUUCACUGACCGUUACGUCUCCUUCUCUGACCGGUAUGUCUCCUUCACUGACUGUUACGUCUCCUUCUCUGACCGCUACGUCUCCUUUACUGACCGGUACAUCUCCUUCUCUGACCGUCUCCUUCUCUGACCGUUACGUCUCCUUCUCUGACCGUUACGUCUCCUUCUCUGACCGUUACGUCUCCUUCACUGACCGUUACGUCUCCUUCUCUGACCUUCACGUCUCCUUCUCUGACCGUUACGUCUCCUUCACUGACUGUUACGUCUCCUUCACUGACCGUUACGUCUCCUUCACUGACUGUUACGUCUCCUUCACUGACCGUUACGUCUCCUUCACUGACUGUUACGUCUCCUUCACUGACCGUUACGUCUCCUUCUCUGACCGUUACGUCUCCUUCACUGACUGUUACGUCUCCUUCACUGACCAUGACCGUUACGUCACGUCUCCUUCUCUGACCGUUACGUCUCCUUCUCUGACCGUCACAUCUCCUUCUCUGACCGUUACGUCUCCUUCACUGACCGUUACGUUUCCUUCUCUGACCGUUAAGUCUCCUUCUCUGACCGUUACGUUUCCUUCACUGACCGUUACGUCACGUCUCCUUCUCUGA